GGCUAUUAUCUAUGGUGGUGGUGGGUUGUGAGAGUGAGAGUUUACUGGGUAGAGCCUAGAGGUGAGGUGAAGUGGGUCAAUAAAGUAAUCUCUACGAGAAAAAUCCACUCUCUCCCGCUUUCCCGCUCCUUCUCUUGAAUCUCUUUCUUUCUUUAUCUCUUUCUUUCUAGACAAAAACAAGAGAAGAAAAGAAAACAAACGAAGUGAUGGAGAGCCAAUGGAGAGAACCGAAACCAAAACAAAACGGUAGUUGUUGCCUGUUAGUGUAAAUUCUUCUCUUCUCUUCUCUCCUUAGCUAUGCGGAGCAGCUUCUUCUCCUGCAAUGGAUACCCCAGAGAAGACCCAGGUCACCUCUCCUCUUUCUAAGUUCGAGGAUUCACCUGUUUUCAACUAUAUCAAUAGCCUUUCUCCUAUCAAGCCAGUGAAGUCCAUAAACAUCGCCCAUACAUUCCACUCGCUUAGUUUUGCAUCCCUUCCGUCCGUCUUUACUUCGCCCCAUGUCAACUCUCACAAGGAAACUAGGUUCCUUAAGAGGCAUAACUACGCUGAUCUCUCAAAACCAGAGUUUUCUUCUGAAAAUGGGAAUGAGGCUUGUAAUGAUGAAGGGGUAGCUGUGGAUGCGGCUCAGCUUUAUGAUAAUUCGUCUGAGCUACAGGAGAGUUUUGAUCCUGGGGUGUCCAUUAGAGAGGCUUCAGUUGAACCUCCUAGUGAACAUUCGAAGCUCGCAAUUGAACUGCCACGGACGUUAAAAUAUGAUUGUGGUAUCCCUGAUAGUGACCAAACACCUCGUUGUGGUACUCAGACAGAUACUGUGUCCAAAUCUGAUGGCACAAUAGCGUCACUUGUUCCAUUUACUAAUGUGGCUUCUCAUAAAGAUUCCCCUGAAGGUCAAGUGCAUUUAGCAGGGUUAUACAAGAUUGAGAGUAAAAAAGAGGCUACAGAAUGUGACUGGGAGAAUUUUAUAUCAGAUUCUGCUGAUCUGUUAAUUUUCAAUUCUCCCAUUGAUGCAGAGGGUUUUAAGGAGCUUUUUCAGAAGUCACCAAACCCUGUUGUAGGAUUUUGCACCUCUUUUAGUGAGGUGCAAAAAAUGCAAAUAGUCAAUCCUAUUGGUCCUGGUGAACAAAAUGAGAAGGAAGACCCCUUCACUCAACCUGGGGAAACCAUUGAGCUGACGCAAAUGGACCCAACACAGGACAAUCUUGCUGCCAAUAAGGAUCCAAAUAAAUACAUAAUCAGCAAUCCUUCUAAGGCUGUUUCUAAUUUGCAUCGUGGCAUGCGAAGGCGCUGUCUUGACUUUGAAAUGGUAGGAGCCCGUAGGAAGAACGUAGAAGACGGUUCAAGCACUAGUUCAGUGGUGGUGCAGUCAGAUGAGAAAAUUACUUACAAAAAUACACAAUUGGUGCCUUUUAAGCCCAGCAGUGAUUCUUCAAGAUGCAUUUUACCUGGAAUUGGUCUGCACUUAAAUGCUUUGGCAAUAAAUUCCAGGGAUAGCAAAAAAAUCAAGCAUGAAACUUUCUCUUCCUCCAUUACUUUGCCUGGUUCUGCUGCCUCCUUUCACUCCCCAACAAGUGGUCAAGAGCUUGAUGAAUCAUUGGCCUUAGCGUCUACGGAAAGAGACAUGGAUCCCAAUGACAAUGUUGUUCCUUUUGUGGAAGAUUUCAGCCAGACUAGCCCAAAAAAGAAGAGGCGUAGGUUGGAAGGAGAAGCCGAGGCCUGCAAGCGUUGCAACUGUAAGAAAUCAAAGUGUUUGAAACUGUACUGUGAAUGUUUUGCUGCUGGUGUUUACUGCAUAGAGCCAUGUGCAUGUCAAGAUUGCUUCAACAAGCCUAUUCAUGAAGAUACUGUUCUUGCAACUCGCAAACAGAUAGAGUCUCGCAAUCCACUUGCAUUCGCUCCCAAAGUGAUUAGGAGCUCUGAACCUGCACCUGAAAUUGGGGAUGAGUCCAGCAAAACUCCUGCUUCAGCUCGGCAUAAAAGGGGAUGCAACUGCAAGAAAUCAAGUUGCCUAAAGAAAUACUGUGAAUGCUAUCAGGGUGGUGUUGGAUGCUCCCUUAACUGCAGAUGUGAAGGAUGCAAGAAUGCAUUUGGAAGAAAGGACGGAUCUGCUUUAGUGGAAAUGGAAGAUGAACCAGAAGAUGAAACAGAGGCAAGUGAAAAGAAUGGGGUUGAUAAAACAGUGCAGAAAGCUGAAAUCCAGAAUAAUGAUGAGCAGCAUCCAAAUUCUGCUCUUCCCACAACACCAUUACGGUUUUCCAGACCACUGGUUCAGCUGCCAUUUUCAUCGAAGGGCAAACCACCAAGAUGUUUUCUUGGCGUUGGAUCAUCUUCUGGAUUGUAUACUGGCCAAAGAUAUGGAAAACCAAAUAUUCUUCGACCUCAAUGGAAGUUUGAGAAGCAAUUCCAAAAUGUUUCAGGAGAUGAAAUUCCUGAGAUCCUUCGAGAAAACCACUCUCCAAGCUCUGGCAUUAAGACUUCUCCCAACAGCAAGAGGGUCUCUCCUCCACAAAGUAACUUAGGAUCAUCCCCUGGUCGGAGGAGUGGUCGGAAGUUGAUACUACAAUCCAUACCCUCAUUCCCUUCUCUCACUCCCCAGCAUUGAAAGGAAAUGUUCCCCAUAAAAGCUCGGAUGAAAUUCUUUUAAUCCUUUGUAGCGUUGAGAGGCAUGUUAGUUUAGUUGUAUGUUAUUUGAGUUUUUUCCGCUCUGCUUGUAUAAUAAGAUGCAAUCUAGUAGUCAUAAAAUCCAACUACUCUUGUAUAAUAUUGUACUUCUACCUUUUCUUUUGUUCA